CGUCUCAAGAUCCUACAAAAGGCGCUCAUGGAGCUGACAGUUCCAGUGGCCCUCGGGGCCCCCAGGGCCCUCACGGCCGGGGCCCCGACGCGCCUGGCCGCCCCGGCCGCCCGGGCGGCGCCCCACCGCGGAGGCGUGGGCCUGGGCGUGGCCUUGGCGCCGCUGGCGCUGGCGGCCUUCGAACGGAGCCGCAGGCCGCAGGUGGGGCGACGCUACACGGCGGAGUUCACGCGGGUCAUUGGGGACUGGGCGGACGGCCUGGUGGAGGCGGGGGAAAUCGAGCUGGUGACCUCCGAGCUGGACGGCAUCACCCAGUUCCGCGGGGUGCACUCCAAGGACCGGUCCAGGUAUGGGGAGGAGUACGACCUCAAGGCCGGGAGCACGGAGAAUCUGUAUCUGAUCAAGGCCCGGGAGCGGCCCUGGGUGCUGGUGGGCGCCUUCGAGCGCCAGGGCCUCGUGCCCAAGCUGAUGGCCAUGGAGCAAGGCCUCAAGGACAAGCUGGGCAGGCUGGUGCUCCAGUUCUUCGAUGGAAAGCAGGUGCCCUUCUUGGAAGAGCUGGCGUUGCAGUGCAAGCUGGAGGUCUACUGCUCCAUGCCCACCGUGCUGGCGCUGAAGAAGUCCCUCUCGGACGAGGUCCUGGAGAGGGUCAGCUUUGUGCCCAUCAAGAACAGCUCCAGGAUGGAGAUUGAGGAAGGCCGAGUCAUGCGCUUCGUGCUGACCCCGACCAAGAAGCUGCCGGAGUCGAUGUCCGCCUUCGACCCGCAGACGGGCACGCUCUUCACGGGCAAGUUCUUCAGCGCGCACCGGUCCAUCGGAAGGUAUGACAGCGCAGUGGACAGCAAAGGUGUGGAGGGCUGGGAGGAGUACGUGGAGGACUGGUACCACCUCUUCGACUGCUACUUCUUCACGCAGCGCGCCGCUGUCGCGGUGCGGAAGCUCUUCAUGCUCUGCGAGGCGUUGCGCGGCCCGGACGUGGCACAGCUUGCGCCCCUGCACGGGCCCGUGGUGCGGGAGCAGUGCUGGAAGCUCAUGGCCAAGUACGAGGCUUGGACUGAGCAGAAGCUCCGCAAGGAGACGCGGCGGGAGUUCGAGGUGCUGGUGAUGUACGCCAGCGCCUAUGGCCACACCAAGACCUUGGCUGAGAGCAUCUCCAGGGGCCUUGCGCAGAGCGGGGUCAAAGUUGUGGACAUGAACCUGGAGCACUGCGGCGCCGAGGACGUGGAGCGGGCACUGGCGACGGCGGACGGCUUCUGCAUCGGGAGCCCCACCUUGGGUGGGGAGAUGCCCUCCCAGGUGAAGGAGGCCUUGGGGGUGGUGCUGAACCUGCCGGCGGACAAGCACAUGCCCUGCGGGGUCUUCGGGUCCUUCGGCUGGAGCGGGGAGGCGGUGGAUGAGCUCCAGUUCCGGCUCAAGGACUCAGGCUUCCCGCUGGCCUUCGACCCAGUGCGGGCCAAGUUUCGGCCCACCGAGGAGGUGCUGGACCUGUGCAAUGCUUCAGGCGUGCGGCUCUUCCAGAAGUUGUGCCGGGAUGUACUGCAGCGCCGGAAGCGGCUGAGCCGGAACGUGGCCCAGGUCAAGGCCAAGCCCGGGGACGGGGCGCUGGAGGCCUUCGGCAAGAUGCGCACCUCACAGGCCGUGAUGAGCUUCUUGGAGGAGGGCAAGGACGUUACCACGCCGGUGUCCUGGGUCAACCAGGCCUCCUUCGAACCCUUGGGCUUGACUUUGGCCAUCCCCAAGCCUCAGCGGGAGGAGCCGGUCGCAUCGUUGGACGUGGAAACCUCGCUGGACGAGCUCUUGAAGAAUCACGAGAGCAGGAGAUCCAGGUACUUGGAGGGCGAGGAAAUCAAAGACCUCAUCGUCCAGCUGCUGGGGACCGACGACAAGCGCCUGGCGGAGGCCCAGGAGCUGCUGGAUCCCUACGAGGAAAACCUGGUGACCUUUGACGAGCUGCGGCUGGCCGUGCAGCCGGGGGAGCCCUUUCGCCAGCUGCUGGACGGGGAGAAGGCGGAGGAGAAGGAGAAUUCGGAGAACCCCCUGGAGGUUUUCACUCUGAGCCUGGUGCCGGAGGGCCAGAGCAACGUGGAGCUGGCAAAGGGCAAGGCGCACAAGAAGGCCAAGCCUUCCAACGGGUGUAUGGUCAUGGAGGGAUGCCAUGCCUUCCUGGAGUGCAAGACCACUUCGGUGCUGGACGCCGGUGACCACAAGCUGAUUUACGCGGAGGUGCAGAGCGGCAAGGUCUUGGACGAGAGUCAGAAGACGGAUCUCAUCUCCGUGCUCAACGCCAACGCGCUGGGGGACCUCAAGCGCAAGGCUCCGGCCCUGGCUGCGGGGCGUGUCGCAGCCUCCGGCAAAGGCUUCGGGGCCUUUGCGGGCGCCUCGCGCGCGCACGCGGCGGCGCUGGCGUGGGCGAGGCCUAGGCGACUUGGGGUGGCCAGAAGGGCGCGGGGCGGGGAGCUGCAGAUGUCGGAGAUUGAGAGCUGGACCGGGCUCACCCCUGGCAAAGAGUACCGCCUGCAGACCAUGUCCAUCGAGGAGGUGGCAAAGGACACCAGUACCAUCCGGUCCCUGGACUGGGACCGGGACCGCUUCGACAUCGAGUUCCGGCUGGAGCGCGGUACCACCUACAACUCCUACAUCAUUCGAGGCAGCGAGAAGUGUGCACUUGUGGAUACCUCCCACGAGAAGUUCGAGCACCUCUACCUGGCUGCGUUGCGGAAGGAGUUAGACCUUGGGCAGCUGGACUACCUCAUUGUAUCUCACACGGAGCCAGACCACUCGGGGCUCAUCGGCAAGGUCUUAGAGCUGGCGGAGGAGGCGGGCAACAAAGACCUGGAGAUCAUCGGCUCCAAGAUGUGCAUUUCCUAUUUGCAGAACCUUGUCUUCAGGCCUUUCAAGAGCCGGAUCGUUCAGACGGGUGUGCAGAUAGACCUUGGGGGUGGUCACAACCUCGAGUUUGUGAUUGCCCCAAACCUGCACUGGCCGGACACCAUGUUCACCUACGACCACAAGACGGGGAUGCUCUUCACUUGCGACGCUUUUGGGAUGCACUACUGCUCCGAGAACGCCCUGGACGUGGAGGGGGUCAAGGAGCUGACGCCCCACUACUCCCUCUAUUACGACUGUUUGAUGAAGCCCAACGCCCGGUCGGUGCUGUCUGCCCUGGGCCGGAUCAAAGACUUAGAGGUGAAGACCAUCGCCACGGGGCAUGGGCCGAUCCUCUCGGAGUUCACCAGCGACUUCAUGGAGCUCUACCGCAGCUGGAGCGAGAAGGCCACCGCGAAGAUCGGGCCCUCGGUGGCCAUCUUCUGGGUGAGCCGCUUCGGGGAGAGCGAGCGCCUGUCGCAGCUCUUCGCCCACGGCCUGACCAGCUGCAACGUCAACGUGGAGAUGCACGACCUGAACGCUGUGGACGCCUUUGAAAUCACGGAGUGUCUAGCGCGGAACGAAAUCAUCGCGGUGAUGGCGCCCCCGGCGGAGUCCUCAGCGGCCCAGAAGCUCGGGAGCAUCGUGACCAACGUGAAGCCAAAGAAGCACCAGUUUAUCGUGCUGGACAGCUGCGAUGACGCGCAGGAGCCCGUGGCCUUGCUGCGGGGCCGGUUGCUGGAGGCCGAUGUGCCGGAGGCGCUUCCGGCCGUGGAGGUGAAGAAGCCAGUGACCGUCCAGAUCCUCCACACCUUUGAGGAGGCCGGCAUGCAGCUGGGCAAGAAGCUGACGCUGAAGAGCAAGACCAAGGCGGCAAAGGGCGCGGACAAGGACCUCUCCAAGGCGUUGGGCCGGGUGGCCAGCAGUUUGUACGUGGUCACCGCCAAGAAGGCGAACGUGAGGCACGCCAUGGUGGCCAGCUGGGUGACCCCGGCCAGCGCCAAGCCCCUGGGGGUGUCGGUGACCAUCGCCAAGGAGCGCGCCAUGGAGCCUUUGCUUCGCAUCGGCGACAGCUUUACGUUGAACCUCUUGGAGGACGGGAAGCCGGCGACGCUGCAGAUGAUGAAGCACUUCUUGCAGCGCUUCGCGCCGGGGGAGGACCGUUUGCGGAACGUGGACCACGUGGAGGGCGCCAACGGCGCCGCCAUCCUCAGGUCGGCCUGCGCUUACCUGGAGUGCCGCAUCGUGUCGCGCAUGGACGCGGGGGACCACUGGGUGGGCUACGCCGAGGUGGUGGGCGGGUCCGUGGCCUCGCCCAACGCCAACACAGCGGUGCACCACCGCAAGGUGGGCACUUACUACUGAGCCGUGGCCGAGGAGUUUCCUUUCGGGAGGACGAAGAUGUGGGGUGGGGCGAAGAGCAGAUGGUGGGCAAAGGUCAUUUGAAGGUGCCUAGCACUCCACCCGAUCCUCCUGAUUUAAGAUGUUAAUGUUGUGAGGUGUGGGGCGCUGCUACCACAGCGUGGCCGCCCCAAUACUUUUUAAGCCGUCCAGGUUUCAAUUGGCAGAGAACAAAGUUUUCCAACAUGUCCAGCAGAGUGUCGGGACAGCUACACCGCUCUGGCGCGUGCCGAAUGCCGUGGCGUGGCCUCAUACCGAAAUGGGCACAGACCCUUGUGCAUAGACUUAGCUGCUCGGCAAACAUCGGAGCUCCGGAUUCCCA